AUGUCCGCAGUGACUUUGGGCCAGCGCGGGCUCGACGCCGUCGAGAGCCGUGAUUGGGAUGCCGCCAUUCGCAACCUCACCCUCGCCCUAAAGUCGUCGUCCUCCCCUAAAUGGCUUCUCGGCCGCUCAACCGCACUCAACUCCACAGGCGACGCCGCUGGGGCCCUGACGGAUGCAGAGCUCGCAUUUCACGUGGCGGGCGAUCGCGGAAACCGCGAGCUGAUGAUGGAAGCCCAGUACCGUCGCGGGGUAGCACUUGUGCGCCAGAAUAGGUACGCCGACGCAGAUGGAGAGGACUUGGUAGCGCGUCUUGAUGGCGCGGGAGACUACAAUGUUACCUCGGAGGAAGUUGAACGCGAGAUUCAGGUGGCUAGGGAGGCGCAAUCUGCAAAGAUGAAUCGGGGCGGGGCCCAGACAGAGAUAACCGCCAAGGGCAGACUGGAAACUAGAUGCGCUGCUAUGAGGAUUCGAUGUCUAAAGGACCUAGAGAGGUCGCCUGAGGGCCACCCGGGCCGCAAGGUUACCAUCACGCCGAUACCAACUCGCCCCGAUGGCCCCGCCAAGCUGGACGCUGAACCUACCUCCUCGCGAGGGGCUGUCGCUAAAGCCACGCCAGCCCCAUCGACCACGCCUGCCCCGCUCAGGAUAGAUGCCUACGAAACGGAUGCCCAGCAAACGAUCUCAGUCUUUGUUAAGAAUGUGGACGCCUCCUCAUUCCAAGUCCAGUGGCCCGCCGCUAACUUGCUGAAUCUGAAGUUCAAUCACGGCGGCCUCGCUGAGGACGUUACCCUCCAGCUCGGCGGAGACGCAGUUCCGGAACAAGUCACAACGCGCAUCAUCUCCAUGAAGAUUGAGCUAAAGGUCCCCAAAGCCGCACCGGCUAAGUGGAACGUGCCCGAAAUUCACACAGGACGGUCCCCCUCCACAGAAUCUGCGGCCGAACCCACCACCGCGGCCUCGGCCUCUCGCAGUAUCCCCAACCCCACCGAAGCGCUCGCCACUCGCCCCCUCCCACCUCCCACUACUGCCCCUAAGCCUUCUGGCGCUCCCGCAUAUCCUACGUCCUCGAAGACGGGGCCCAAGGAUUGGGAUAAGCUGGAGGACGACGAGGAUGGCGACGCCGAGACGAACAAGGACCCCGACUUCUGGUUCAAGCAACUCUACGCUGGUGCGUCGGACGAGCAGAAGCGUGCAAUGAUGAAGUCUUUCACGGAAAGCAAUGGGACUGCCCUUAGCACUGAUUGGGCUGAUGUCUCCAAGGGCAAGGUCGAAACAAAGCCACCCGAGGGGGUGGAAGCGAAGAAAUGGGACUAA